AUAAAACGCGAUUAACCCAGUGCCGGUUAGUGCAUUUCUUCUCCGCAGGCGGAUCGCAGCAGUGAGGGCAGGAAGGUUCAAACAGUGUACAAACUCGGUCGGUCUCACGUUAACGUCUCUCCCGGUUUUCGGUUGAUAAUACAUAGUGUGAAACAAAACACGACAAACAUCAUGACCACUAAGCUACUAUCGCUGCUGAUCGUAGCAGCUAUAGGCCCCAUCAUCAUACUGGCCGACGACACGAACCAGAUCGACAUUGACAAAUUCCGUCAGCAUUUGCCGGCCAACCUACAGAAUCUAUCGAUGCCGAAUUUUGACGAGAUCGAAAGCGCUCUGAAGGAAAAAUGCGUCAAAGCUGGCGGUUCGGAGGCUUCCUACGAGCAGGUUAAACAAGGUGCCACCGAUCUGGCCAACUGCAUAAAAGGUCUAGUCGAUGUGGAUCAGUUUCGGCGAGAGGUAGAGGAGGCGAAACCGACCGGCGAUUUGGAUACUGUUUUCAACAAGUACUGCCGCAAGCGGAAUACUUUACUGGAAUGUGUCAAUACGUUUUCCAACACGAUCGACCCGUGCCUUGAUGAGGAGGAGGAACGCCAUAAAAGCUACGGUGUGGAUGUGUUCAAGAAUCUGCUGAACUUUGUCUGCCAUAAGGAUGGAGAUCAAAUUGCACUUUUCAUCGCUGAGAAAGGACCUGAAUGUUUCCUGGAACAGAAAGACGACUUGAUCAAGUGUAUCAAUGAUACCUUUUCGGGAUACCUAACAGAUGUUGACAUGUCAACUACAACCGUUCCAAAGUUGGUUAUCGGACCGAAGCAGUGCGAAGACUUUACCAAGUUGCAAAAUUGUCUGGUUCGUGAACUGGAGCAAUGCGAGGAAUCCACUCCAGCCAAUUUGGUCGAAUCGCUGUUCAGAUUUAUUCGAAAGGGUUCGCCUUGUGAUCCAAAGGGAAAGACUGGACGCAGAUAGUCUGUAGUUAGGAAUUCUGUAAUUGUGAUGAGAAAUAGUAAACCAACAAUGAAUAAAGGACUUUUUUAGCAGAGAACACACAAAA